GAAACUCUGAGUGGAGGCGAACAGAUGUUUUAAAACUGAACGUUGCGCCUGGUUUUCUGGCCAUUCGUCGUUCUAUAGCUUCUGAAAGUGUUGGAAACAAUUGUCCGGGGAUCCCAGUAACUCAUAGGUCGUGUCAAACCUAUGCUAUUUAGCUAUUCCCUCUACAGCAGACAAUCGACCUCUGUAGUCUGGUGAGUAUUAAAGUAUUCACACGUUUUGUGGGAGUCGGAGCGGGAACACUGUGCAGAUAACAUUGACUGCCUCCGCCAGGACUCAAACCAGGGACUCUCUCUCUCUUUUUGGCCAGCGAUGCGUCACCUCUAGGCUAUGGUGUGGCCGACUGGCCGCGUCAAACAAGCAGAAAGAGUUCAACAUUAACUUAGGAAUUUGAAGUCUGCUCGUUCAUCACUAUACCAGCCUAUCAGUACAAUCAAUGAAUAAAGCAAGAUGAUGCUAGCGUGGCUACUGCUGGGGUGCUUGUGCGGUAUGCUGGCCGCGGAGGAGUCCAGUCUACCCACGUGCCACAGGUGGAUGACUGUUCUGGAUCGGCUCCAACUGACAACGCCGUCAGCAGCGGAUGGCUGUCAGGCAGUGGUGUACCUGGGCUCCCCUCCUAAUCGGACCACCGCCACUGUCUUUGAAUAUGGCGAGGACAGCGACGGAAACCCAGUGGAACUUUGCGGCUGGAACGCAGACAGCGCCUGCUUCGACCUGCGGUCCGCAUUGCGUAUGCGCAGCUGGCUUCAUCGCCAGUCGUCCUGCAGGGCCAACAUCUCAAUAGCCUGCAUUGCUCUGGCAGUCAGCCAGCAGUCAAACUGCCAGGUGGUUGUUGCGGAUGUGUUCUAUUCGAACGAUGCGCAACUAAGCGGACAUGCCAGCGAACCUUUGCAGAUGUUUUCGACCAACGCCAGCGGCUGUUCUACGGCCACGCUACUCUUCAAAUGGACAUCGAAAAUUCAAGUCCGCACACAUCAGCACAAGCACCAUCGGAUCAUGGAUCUUCAGAGCUCUCUCCGGAUCUCCGAUGUAGCGUUCAAGACCCACACCAGCCUCAAAGGCAGCGUUUACUUGUUUUCAUCGGGGUUCAAUGUGACGUUCGUGCACUGUACGUUCACGUUGCACUCAGAUACCAGAGCAGUGUUUACAUGGCCUGAUUCAUCACGGUCGCACCGCGCGGAGUUCAUGGGUUGCGUGUUCAAGAGCGCGGUCUAUGUGCCUGAGACGGCUCGCACUUCCACUGAGCCCGGCUACCGUAUCUCCACAGACAGUGUCAUCCUGGUGUACUAUCAGCAAACCACCACCUUGCUUAUCCGUGACUGCGUUUUCAGUAACUUUUCGCACAUCAAUGGGUCUGUUGCAACUCUUUCACCUUACUGCUUAGCCGGAGCAUAUGCACCGUAUGGGCCUCAGCCCGAUCAACGCAUCCCCAAUCCCCUCGUAGUCACAAACGUGACAAUUCAAAGCACGAUUUUUGCGAAUAUUUCCUGUACAGGCAGUAUCUUUCGAGUAAGGCACAGCCCCAAACCUUUGUUUUUUUUUCUCUUGACCAACAUAGACAGGUUUAACUUCAAUGUUCUCAUCGACCACUCCCAUUUUAGCAACACGGCGUGUGAGAAUGGCUGUUUGAGCAUAGAUUGGCCGCUACAAAACAUUGUACCGAGUUGGAUGGUUCACACCAUCCGGCAGAGUUCAUUCGAGACCAACACCAAAACCUAUUCGGGGCCCCAAGUGGUGUUCAAGUUGGUGCCUCUGAGCGAAGAUCUAACCCUAGAUACCAACACCACCAUCACAUUUGACCGGUGCGUGUUCCUGGAUGGAGGCCGGCCGAAAAUCGAUGCCGUCACUGCAAUGCCAUGCCUAUAUGCGAAAGAUGAUCCGGUUUGGAUCCAUGUGCAAGGUCCACUGCGGACUCCAAUUGUGCUCUCAAGCUGUGUGUUCAGCGGCAGGAGUACAAGAGCUUCGGCCAAGACGGACCGAGCGGACUUGCUGUUCAUGGGGAACACAACCGUACAAAGCUCUAUGAGAACGCCGAGUGCACAGCAGUACGUCCCCUUCAUUGCCGAUCGUGGCCGCAUUGUGUACGAUGGGGUGCUAUCUGGCCUCUACACGCUGGCCUUUCCCAGGUAUCCGCGUCGGCGACAACAAGUUCUGAAGCAGGUGGCAGACUUCAGAGCUGAAUCGUCGAACAGCAGCACACCACGCACAUAUGAGUCAUUGCGUGGCUUGCAGGUGGUCAUCGACGACACAUACUCCACGCUGCAUGAAAGUCUCUACUCGGAUCACUCGCCGAGUUCAGGGUAUGGUGGUAUGGACGCAGAAAGAUCAACUCUCGCCAACCUACCCAGGGGAGAGCGGACCUGUGUUGGGCAGCAAUCGCCGACAUACACAUUUCUUCCAAGCAGCCCCCUCCAUACGGCUAUCCGUAAUACGAGUAAUAUCUGCAGCAUGUACAGCAUGCAUGGUCUAGUUAACACGGCAAGCUCAAAACAGGACAAUGCGUCGACGUCCAGCUAUGCGCUGUGCACCAAGAACGGGAAAUACGUCGUGGCUUUCGACUCUCUCGGCUCCGUCGACCAGCUCGUCACAACAGAGCCGAGGUGGAUGCUGUUCAAGGCGGCUUCGUCGCAGUGCAUGAAAGUCAUCGACGGCUCGGUGUACGUUCUGGAGCAGUGCAAGCGCCAUCACUUGCACCAGCUGUGCAGUGAGCUUGGAUGCAGUGGCUCACAAAUCAGAGACGAGACCCUUGAGAGCGUAGCUGAAUCAAUCGGCAAGGGUCAUCAGCAACGCGGUAAGCCUGACAUGAGCCUGAGCAAUGCCGUUAUCGGGUUGCCAUUCGUCUACACACCAUGGGCCUACCUAGCACGGAGUCUGAUCUACUGCUCGUCUUACAGCACUGUUGAUGAUGUCAGGGGUAGCAUCAUGUUGAUGCCAGCACCGGGCGAACAUAUCACUCUUCAACUUGAUAUCCUGGACGAUGGUCUGUCGAAGCGUUCCCUGCCACUCAAGUUGCGGGUAUCCAGGUUAACAGCAACACCCGCUUUCGGCCAUAUAGACUUUUCAAUGUUUGGCGAUCUCACUCUUCUCUCCAUAUCCGGUGGCGCUUCAGCAGUGCAGUACGAAGCGGUGGACGAGCUGUCCUACCUCAGCAAUAGACCUCUGACAGGCUUUGCGGUGGCGGGUGAACCGCAUACGUUUGGUAGACUAGCGGUCACGGUCAUCGCGAGCGGCAAGUCUGGCUGGAGCGACCGCAGCCUAACCAUCGCCAUUCCAUUGCGCUUGCGUCCCUGUCACUUGGGCUUUGCGAUGGUGAAAAAGAAACUGCCGAGCGGCAAGGAAAUAUCUGUCUGCGCUCGAUCGAGCCAGCCGGGAGUGAUCAGUGAGCGCAGGGGUCGAUCACUGGACAUUUCAGCUGGAUUUUGGGCCGGAAACAUCAACACGACAUUUGUCACGGAAGACAGCUUCAAGGACCCGACGGCCAUGGCCAUCACAAACACCCGCGUGUAUAAGAUUCCCCUGGGAAAGGAUCGGCGGGCUUGGAGCACUUUGGCCACGGUCUUCUUCAGCCACCGGUUCGGGGUUGCCCAGUGCCUACACAAGUCAUGCCGGGCGGAGCAAUGGCGACUGAGCUCAUCGCCCGGAGAAAGCUGUCGUCUGGGGCACACAGGACCCCUGUGUGGGAAGUGCGCAACUGGACUCUCCCUGAAGAUUGCAUCACUGCGUUGCUCUUCCUGCGUCUCCGCCAGCAUAUCACUAUACAUCUACAUCACACUCAUCGUGGUGCUGACCCUGCUGGCAUUCCUCAUCAUGUUCUAUUUCAACAUGGGAAUGUCACCCAUCCUGGACACCUUCUUCUUCUUUUACCAGGUCAUGCCAUCUGCAACCUACAACCUGACGGACGACUUUGGUCUCAUGCCGUCGCUACAGACCUUCGGCCUAGGUCACCUGUGCACCGUGCCCAGCCUCACACGUCUCCAGGCCACGUUCGUGCUGCUCAUCCAGCCGGCCGUGCUCCUCGUAUCUGUGUGCCUCUUGCGACUGGUGGGCUCGUACCGCCGCGGCGGUGCGCUGCUGCAGCGUCAGCAGAAUCACAUGCAGCUGGUGCGCGUCAUGUGGUUCGGCCUGGUCUACAGCUACACAAUGCUGACGUUCACCUCGAUCAGUGUGCUCAGCUGCACGACGCUCGACGGCAAGCUGGUGUUGGCCAUGGACGGCUCGGUGCAGUGCUACCGUGGCGCGCAUAUACCGUACGCCGUCGCAGCCGCGCUGAUCAUCGCGCUCAUCAUUCUGCCGCCGCCCAUCCUGCUGCUGGUGCCGCACGCCAAGCGCAAGGUGUUCCUCAAGGGGUUCAUCGACCAGGCCAGCUGCAUGUACCGCGUCGACAGGCAGUGGUGGGCCACGGUGAAUCUCGUGCGUCGCAUCGCCAUUGCAGUGGUAUUGUCGCAGCCACGCCGUACGGAGGACAAGGAGCUGAUCAUGGUCGUCUUUCUCCUGUUCUACUUUCUGCUGCACAUCACUAUGAAGCCUCUGGCUGCAGGCAAUUUCCUGCACAUCAGCAGCAACUCAAUGGAGACGGCGUCGCUGUUCGUGCUGGUGCUCUGUUCCACAUUGAACGCCCUGGUGGUGCGGUCCGGGCCUAGCGUAGGCACUGCUCUUCGAGGCAUUGUCAUCACACUGGCCUACGCGCCCACCGCAGCCCUCGCCUGCGCGCUGCUCGUGCGCCAGUGCUGCGUGAAGUCGGGUGGCUUCGGGCGAGUGCGCUACCUGUCGCUGCGUGUCUGGUGGGAGCGUCGGCGUGGCGUGGACAUCCACGAGUCGGCCACACACAACCUGGCCCUCGACAAUAUGCUGAGCGACGCACAGGAACCGCUCAUUGUGGCCGAAAUGAGGAAUAAGCAAUGACCCCCAACCCACCACACACACACACACGUGCACGCGCGCACGCGCGCGCACACACACACACACACACACACACACACACAUGUACACGCACACACACACACACACACACACACACACACACACACACACACACACACACACACACACACGUGCGCUACCCAUUUCUUUGCACUAGUAUACUGCCCAGGUUCAAAUUGUGAUCUUUUGCUGCACCCAUACAUCUACAUAACAUUCUCCAAUUAAUGGUCUCUGGGCUACACCGAUCACUUAAAGGAAAAAGAUAAAUCAUUCGAAUUUUUGGGCAAGGCCCUUCUUCAGCAAUGCUGCUCCAGCCAUUCAAUUGUUGUCAUACACGAAUUCAACACACCGGCAAUGAAUCAUUAGUCUUAAAACAAAAAAGAACGUUUCACCUGUCCCUAAGAUGCAGUAGCACUUUGAUCCAAGCAAAGCCUGGGGUUGAAGGACCCAAUGCCAAUUGUUAUUAUUCCACAAUCACAGUGACAAAAUGCCAAUAUAUAUGUGAUGCGGA